CGACUCUGGUCAAAGGUUUUAAAUAAUAACCUCCAAGCCUUCAGCUUCUGACUGAUCAGUCUGAGGAGACUGAAGGGUUGAAACUCGAGCUCAGGAUUAAAACGCUGGCCUACUGUGCACUGACAGGAACUCUCUUUUGGUAAACGCCAGCAGAUACUUGGAAGUUUACUUAUUGAAAAGGUUAUGGAGGAGGAAAAAACAUGGGCAUUGGUCUCAGAGAUUGGGGGCAACUACGGUUACCUUGAAGAGCUGGUUGACAUACUGAAACAACACUUCCAGCUCAUCUACUACAAAGAGUUUCUACAAAACCCAGCGCUCCACGGCCCCAAAAUCCAUGUCCUGUUCAUGUGGAAGUACUUCCCUGAGGCCAAGCCGUCGCUGCUCAGAUCGCUCCCCUCCCUCAAAGUGGUCGUCAGCGGAGGGGUGGGCAUCGACCACCUGGAUGUCCCGUUCAUAAACGGUCUGGGGGUGAAGGUGGCCAACACGCCUGGUGUAGUCAGCAACUCCACUGCAGAUCUGGCCAUGGGUCUGCUCCUGGCAUCGGCUCGCAAGAUCCUUGAAGGUCAUCAAAUAGCUGUUGACCCAAAGACCUUCCACAUACCGCAAAGCCUCAUGGGAGUUGAAGUCACAGGGUCGACUUUGGGCAUCAUUGGAAUGGGAGAGAUCGGUUACAAAAUCGCACAAAGAAGCAAAGGAUUUGAAAUGAAGAUCCUGUAUCACAACAGGACCAGAAGGAGUGUAGACGAUGAGACGGCAGUAGGAGCCAGUUACUGUCAGAGCCUGGAUGACCUGCUGAGGAGGUCGGACUUCGUCGUGAUCGUUGUCAAACUGACCUCGGACACAGCGGGCCUCAUCGGCCACAGAGAGCUGUCACUCAUGAAACCCACGGCAACACUGGUGAACGUCAGCAGAGGUCAAGUUGUGGACCAGGAUGCGUUAGUUCAAGCUCUCCAGUCGGGAGGAAUCUGUGCAGCCGCAUUAGAUGUGACUCAUCCAGAACCUUUACCAAGGGAUCACCCGCUCCUCGGCCUGCCUAAUGUGCUGAUCACCCCCCACACCGGGAUCAACACCUACGGUACAGCAAGAGGGAUCGUGGAGAAGAUGCUGGAAAACGCCCUGGCUGCAGUGAACGGCCUGCCACUUCCAAACGAAGUCAAGCUGCAGCGACACAAUGAAUGUUAAAUACUGCUGCAGUGGGUGUUAUGAACUAUCGGCCUUUUUGUUUUACUUCAGAUAAUAAAAUGUGAACCAAAACAGU